GCAAUCCUGGUACAAUGCAUGUGUGUGGAUAGCUUCUUGACUGUUGUGUUGCAUAUUGGAGUUUUGCUUUGUUCAUCUCAAUUUGUCAUUGCACAACAUUCUAUUUCUUAGAAUUUUUUCUAUAAUAAAAACAGGGUAGUUUUAACAUUUUAUCGUAACACAGUGGUUGUAAUAUUUUCUAUAUUAUAUAUAUAACAACAAAGAGAAACCCACAUGUGUUGAGCACAUAGAAAAAAGGCAGAUCUUUCAGUUUCUGGUAUAUGUGGUAAUUUACUAAACAUAGUGGAAUUGUCAUGUAUGCUUAGCCAAGUAUAAAAUUAGUACAUAAAACUUUUUUUCUAAUUAUUAAACUAUGUAACUAUAGCUCACUUCAGAUAUCUUGCCAACAGAGGUAAGAUCAGUGUUUCUCCACUAGCAGAAGAAAUAUAUUGCUUAUAGUUCCUGGCUAUAUUGCUAACUUUGCACUACCAUAAAUUAGUAAUGUUCCACAAACAUGUAAUAAACCUCCUAGCACUCUUUUGUCUAUAUUGAUAAAAAGUUACGUUCUGUUGGAGAAUUCACAUAAUGUGUAAACCUGAUGGUUUGCCUGUUCUCUUCUAAUUGUGUUUCUUCUCUAUAAACAGGGAGGCCUACAUUGGAAUAUUAUGUUCCUUACAAUAUUGGAUCAUUGUCAUUUGGAGCUCUGUUUUGGUGGCAAUUUUCUGCUAGUCACCCACUUUGGUCAGGAUUGCUGAGGUAGAACAGUGGGAGACUGAUUUAUUGUUUCUUCUGCUUUUGAACAGGAAGGCCUCCAUUUUUGUUCUGACAUGAUAUAGUCCCUUUUUUCAAAUUUAAAGUAAAAGUUUUAAGACACACACAGGAAUUUUCUUCAAAACCAAUAUUAUAAGAUGUCUUUCCUCAUCAUGUUUUUGUAUACCUUAUUACGCUAUUAAUGCCAGUUCGGGAAUAGGACCACUGUAGCAGUAAGGGGCAUACUUGCUGCUAUGGUGGCCGUAGCAGAAAAUGGCCCUAAAGAAAAUAGCAUAUAUAUGCAAGCCUCAACAAAAUUCUAGUACUAGUUAGAAAGAAUCUUGUAUAUUGGGUAUAGUUACGAUGAAGAAACAUCAAGAAGUUAUUCUGUAAAACCUGUAAUCACAGUAAAGUUUCAUUUCAUCCACCCUUUUUCAAACACAUUUUCUGACAAGUGUAAUUGGGAAUCUAAUUUUAUUUAACCACAUUUUCAGCUGAUUGAAGAUAUAGAAUAUUACAUUUCAUAAGCAGACUAUUGAACAAUUGGUUACUCAUUUCUCAUAUUAACCUGGUUUAGAUGUACUGCUAAGUAUGGUUUAGCAUUACAUGUUUGUGUUUGUGUGUGCUCCACUCCCCUAUCCUCUGAUGCAUUCAUAAAAAUAAGAUUGGAAGUUUUUACUUCUAUUUCCGAUUAACUGUUCAUGUUCAGUACAUCUGAAAUUGAAAUGGAUACAUCUUAAUUUUGUUUUAGGGACACAUGACAUAAAUAUAAACCAUGAUUCAAAGUUGUCUUGUUUCCGUAAAACAUAGUUAUAAAUAGUUUGUCCAGCUUUGAGUAUAAUGAUGAUCAGAGAGUAAUUAAAAAUGGAAUUAAAAAUGGAGGAGGAAUCUGAUUUCCUUCUUGCAGCCAUGCCAAAGAAGGACAACAGACAAAAGGGACUGAUAAACAAGUACAAAGAGUUGUACUUUUUGUAUUAUAACAAGUCCAAACAAACUCUUCUGAAGUAUGAUUUUUACUGUAUGCGACAAAAGUUUUAAUUGUUAUGGUAACAAGCAAGAGAAUCAUCAGAGGUGUAUCUAUAAUAUCUGUAACGUGUAAUCCACUCCUAAUAAUGUAUUUAGAGUUUUUCUUCAAGUUUAGUAUUGUAAAAUUAUUCCAUUUCAGCAUAUGUGUACAAGCCUUGUAAAAUGCAUAGAUCAUGUGAAGACCAGUCCAAUUCAAAAAUAAACUGUAUACAUAUUUACUCUAGCCUUUCCCACUCUGUCUGUGUGGUUUGUGGCAUGUUAAAACCUAGACUUAUCUCAUUUGACCCUAUUUUGAGACAGAUUUGGCUGAAAGUCCAGUUCUAAGAAAUACAUGAGUACAUGCCCAUAUGUUAGUGGGUCUAGGAUUAUAAUCUUGGAAGACAGAAAGUUGCCUAACAUCAUCCUCUGAUCUUCAUUGACUAGCAUUUGAACCUAGUGUUUCAUAUCCACCCUUAUCCACAUCCAUCCUCAUCCACUGCACUAGCCUGCUUCUCUUUGCAUGGCAUGGUUUUUAAAUUGAAAUCCCCCUGACUUGGUCUUUAAGUUGCAAAACAUAAUACCUGGCUUCAUCUGUUUGAUUCCCUUUUUUAGAUACAUUGACAUUCUUCUUGCAGUGUGAAGAACUGGGCAAUUGAAAGAAGCAAUUUGUGCUUCUGCAGGCUGUGGUGUCUCUUCUUGCAGUCAAAACAGAGCCUAUGAACAGCAGCGAAUCAACAGCAACAACAAGUGGAGAUGGAUCUCUUGACACGUUUACUGGGUCAGUAAUAACAAGUAGUGGUUACAGUCCCAGAUCAUCACAUCAAUACUCACCGCAGCUAUAUCCUUCCAAGCCCUAUCCACAUAUCCUUUCUACUCCAGCAGCUCAAACAAUGUCUGCCUAUGCCGGUCAGACCCAGUAUUCAGGAAUGCAGCAACCAGCAGUAUAUACAGCCUAUUCACAGACUGGGCAACCUUACAGUUUACCUACUUACGAUUUGGGUGUAAUGUUGCCAGGCAUCAAGACAGAAAGUGGACUUUCACAAACACAAUCACCCUUGCAGACCGGUUGCCUUAGCUACAGCCCAGGGUUCUCCACACCACAGCCAGGCCAAACACCGUAUUCAUACCAAAUGCCAGGUUCUAGUUUUACACCAUCCUCCACUAUUUAUGCAAACAAUUCAGUCUCAAACUCUACAAACUUCAGUAGUUCACAACAGGAUUAUCCAUCAUAUACAGCAUUUGGUCAAAACCAAUAUCCACAGUAUUAUUCAGCAUCAACAUAUGGAGCAUACAUGACAUCAAACAACACUACAGAUGGUACCUCUUCAUCAUCAUCAACAUACCAGCUCCAGGAAACUCUCCCUGGGCUGACUAGUCAACCAGGUACAGACCUUCAUCCAGGAGAGUUUGACACUGUGCAGAGCCCCUCAACACCAAUCAAAGAUCUUGAUGAAAGAACAUGUAGGAGUUCUGGGUCAAAAUCAAGGGGCAGAGGGAGGAAAAAUAACCCAUCACCCCCUCCUGACAGUGACUUGGAGCGUGUAUUUGUUUGGGAUUUGGAUGAAACUAUCAUUGUCUUCCAUUCACUUCUUACAGGAUCUUAUGCUCAAAAAUAUGGGAAGGAUCCCCCUGUGGCAGUGACUCUUGGACUUCGAAUGGAAGAAAUGAUUUUUAAUCUUGCUGAUACACAUCUAUUUUUUAAUGAUUUGGAGGAAUGUGAUCAAGUACAUAUAGAUGAUGUUUCUUCAGAUGACAAUGGGCAAGACCUAAGUACCUACAGUUUUGCAACUGAUGGCUUCCAUGCAGCUGCAAGUAGUGCAAACCUUUGUCUGCCAACAGGUGUAAGAGGAGGAGUUGACUGGAUGAGAAAACUAGCAUUCCGUUACAGAAGAGUAAAAGAAUUAUAUAAUACAUACAAGAAUAAUGUAGGAGGACUCCUUGGCCCUGCAAAAAGAGAUGCAUGGCUACAAUUAAGAGCAGAGAUUGAAGCUCUCACUGACUCCUGGCUGACAAAUGCACUUAAAUCAUUGUCAAUUAUAAGUACAAGGAGUAACUGUGUAAAUGUCUUGGUAACAACAACCCAACUUAUACCAGCCCUUGCAAAAGUUUUGCUGUAUAGUUUAGGAGGUGCUUUUCCUAUUGAAAAUAUUUACAGUGCAACUAAAAUAGGAAAAGAAAGUUGCUUUGAACGAAUAAUGCAAAGGUUUGGCAGAAAAGUAGUAUAUGUUGUAAUUGGGGAUGGUGUAGAAGAAGAACAGGCAGCAAAAAAGCACAACAUGCCUUUCUGGAGGAUAUCUAGUCACUCGGACCUCUUGGCUCUACACCAAGCGCUGGAAUUGGAGUAUUUGUAACUGUUGUACCAUAGCUGACAAAUUCUUUCUACAUUUUGAAGUACACUGAAUUUUUUUCAUGUGUGAUACAAUGCCUCUGGCUUUAUACUUAUGUAUGGUCUUAAGAAAGAAAAGCAAUAUUCAGAAUGAAAAUUCUAUUGUGAAGAAUUCAGAUCACUGAAUGGAGUUACAACGCUUAAUUCUACACAAGGAUUCUCUAUAUGGUCUUACAUACACAACAUUUUUGAUGAUUCAAGAACUAUAAAAGGAGGUUGCUGGUACGCACCAAAUGAACCCAGCCAGAGUCAACAUUUUUUUGCAAUGGACUCAGACUGGGAAAGCAGUAACAUGCAUUUUCUGAUCAACAAGGGUGGUAUUCAACAGCAUUCCUCACUAUGGGAUAUAUUCUCAGCACUGAGGUUUGAAUCAAACUUUCGUCUACCUACCUAACCCAGAAAAUCUGAAUUGGAAUGCACUCAGACUGUAUGAUGACAAUCCUGUCUAGAUAUGUAAUAUGUGUAAAUUAUUGAUGAAAAUAAUUUACUGUGACUUUAUUAGCAGCUGACUUUGGAAAUGGAUGCAAUUUAUUUCUUUUGUUUUGGAGGUGUAUGGGAUGGGGGGUAUAUAAUAAUUAUUCUCUCUUUUAUAAGUUUGGCAAAUAGAAUGUGCAUAAUGAUGUGUUGUGCCUUAAACGACAAGAUCUUGUUUGUGUGUUACAAUGUAACAUUGGUUUAAAAUAUGUAGAUAAAAAUAAAUCUUUGUGAUAAUUUUUGACAUGACCAAAUUUCAAAUUCAAAUAAUCAAGGAGCAGUACUGCAUCAAAAGCACUUAAAGGUUUGUUGCAGUAAGUAAAAAAAGUAUAAUAAUUUAAAGUUAGUGUUUUUAUUUAGUUUCUUAAUAAUUCCACUGACUAUAGGAAGGAAGUUAAGAAAACAUCAAGAAGCUGGAAUGAUAUUGGGUAUUGUUGAGAGGAAAAAAAUAAAAUAGCUGGUUACUUGAGAAUUUUUCUCUAUUUGAUCUUUAAAGAAAACAAAGAACUGAAUUUAUGACUUAUUUGUGCUGCAAUGUGUUUGAUUUUAUAUAAAAAAGAUGUAGACUACUUCCCAUGUAUCUAGUCUAAAAUUAUGAUUUAGUAGACUUAACAGGCAGUAACUUACAUGUAAACAUGAUUGGGUACUAUUCAAAGGUAUUCUUCAAGUUAAAAUAAUGCCAAUUCAGAAAGGAAAGGGAACACUAAUUCAGUUCCAGACUUCAUUAGACUUAACAAAAAAGAGACCUCAGACAAAGCAAAUGAUACCACUCCAUUCUGGAAGCCUAGAACAGGAAUCAUAUGCUUCUAAAAUUAAAAUUAAAUUGCCUAUGGAACUCGAAAUUUCGUAUUUGGACACUUCACUAUAUGGUAUGGCUAAAGACCAAUGUCCAGUUCAUAUAAAUCCUUUCCAGCUGGUUCUGAGCCUGCAUGUAGGGAUCAACAUGAGCCUCAGUUGACUUCUUGCUUCUCCUCCCAGACCAGCAGACACAGAUACGUGCUUAACAUUUUUAGUAAUAUAUACUUGCAUUAUGUGUGUGUCCUAUAGAUCUGUCCAGCAUUUCUUGUUCACUCCAUGGCUCCAGCCCAUAAAUUACUCCAGAUUCUGGGCAUACAUAACCACAGUAUGCAAGCUUUGGUACACAAGGAAAGGGGAGUUUGUUUUCCAUUUACUCUGUCUAUGCCAGCACCCUGGUUAUUGAAUUCACUCCCAAGAGAAAUGAAACUAACCCCAUCUCUUAUGAUUUUUGGCAGGCAGUGAAAAUACGUUGAUUCUGCUUAGCUUUUAAUUGAGAUUGAAGGUUUUAAUUCUACUCUUCUAGAUUGUGAUGCUGUGCUUUCAUUCUAGGGGCUUGGAGGGUAUUUUUACUUGCAUUUUAUGGUACUUCUUUCAUAAAUCGCCUUGGGGGCUCUUGUUAGGGUCAAAGGGAAGUAUAAAAAUGUCUCUAUAAAUACAAUCCAUCUACAAAUUCCUUUUCUUCUCCUCAGGUCUCAGUUAAGAAGUUACUCCUCUCUUAGUUAUAUGGACCUUGUGGGUUGGGACCUUGGGGACAAGAGGAGCGAGAUCAGAUAGUUACAUCAGCCUUCUGUUACAAUUAAUGGCUGGUCCACUUACCCCUUGCCCAGCUGGCUGUGGGAAGUCAGGCAGGGAGUGGAAGAAAAUGAGGCUCCACUGAGUUCCAUGUAGAUUUCCUCCUGCAGGCAAUUAUGCUUUGGGGUAUUUGUCUGGAUCAUGUUAAUUUGCUAAUAUAUAUUCAUUAGAGAAAAUAAUACAUGCCUCUCCCAAGAUUCGUGUUCUUUGAUUUAUGGUUUCAGUGUUAAUCAGUGUCAACAUUUUUCAUGCAACAGAUUUUGGUGCAGAAGAUCCUUUAUAAUACUACAUGAUGAAAGAUGUUCAAUCCCAUUUUGCAGUGACUAUGCAUAUGGUUACUAGCAGAAUAAUAAAACAUGUUUCAUAGCCUCAGAGAUUGAAAGGUAUAGGUAUAGCUUUAUUUGUACUGUAAAAUGUAACCCAUUCUUGUUGCCCAGUCUGAUAAGUGUGAAUACUUUACAAUGAUUAAGGGUGCAAUCCUAUAUAUAUUUACCUCGAAGUAGGUCCCAUGGAAUUCCAUGGUGCAUAAUUCGAAAUAGGCAUGCAUAGAAUUGCUACAUAAGCUACACAAAACCAGGUACCUUCUGGGACACAGCAAAAGAGGAGAGGAUUUGUUCUUCAUAUAUAUGUGUUCAUAUUUGAAUUGGUUUAAAAAUGUGAAUAUUAAAUCUGAGCUGGUUGCAAUGUCAUGCACGCCUAUUCAUGCCAGAAGCUGGUCCCCUUGUGUUCAGUGGAGCUUAUUUUCAGGGAAAUGUGCAGAGGCCUGCAAACUAAGUUUCUCCUCUGUACUCUGUUCUGCAUUCACAAAAUUCACAACAGCUUUAGAGGUUCAGAGUUGCUGAUUCUCUUAAUGGCAUGUGGAAAGGUAUUUUCACAACUACAGCAAACAUUCAGUAAACCUGUCCAAAGACAGAGUUAUUAAAGUUGUAGCCUUGGUGUGUGUAGAGGUGGGGUGGAGGUAGAUGAAGGGUUGCCCUGUUCACUAAACAUGGUACUGAUAAGGAGUUGUCCAUGAAGCCUGUGAUUUAAAAUCUGAAAUAACUGCCUCUUAGGUGUAGUUUUCCAACCACUUAUAAUUGUACCCUCAUUCAAGAUUUGCUUUGUUUUUUAAUUACUUAAUUAAAAGACUCUUAUUUUGUCAAAUUGAGCUGUAAAUGUACAUUUCUUUUAGAUUUUUUCUUUAAGUUUUUUAAAGAAUGAAAUGGCACAUAUAGAAUGAAAACUGACUUAUCUGCAGAACUACCUUAUUUUGAUACAAUUAUAUAAAACGACUACACCAUAUGGGUGUUUUUGUUUCAUUCAUUUAGAAGUAAUAUCCAGUUCAUGGAAUUACAUGGUUAGAAGAUGAAUCAACUCCAUUCCAAUCUGUUCUUCACUAAGUCUUCCAUAUACUGUUUCAAUAAUAUUACGAGUCUCAAAAUUUCAUAAAACUGAAGUACUCUGUAUCAUAUGCAGCAGCCUUCCCCAAUUUGGUGACUUCCAUAUGCCUUGAGCUGCAACUCUGCAUCCUUGCCCAUUGGCCAUACUGAAUGGGAGGGUACCAGAUUGAGGGAGAUUGACCUAGAGAAUGCAAGGGGAUCAAAAUUGCCAAAACUCUAGAUAGAGGAGUAAACUGGGUCAGGAUGCUGAGCUAGGUGGCAAAACUGUCUGCAUGAAAAAUUUGGAUGUGAAGCAAAACAGGGUAGGUUUCCCUGGUAAAACAUUUGUAAUAACUUUUGAGGGAAAUUGAAGUAAUGACAGUGAGAUUUGAUGAAUUUAUUGGAGUCGGAACUGGUGGGAGAGGGCUCCUCACAUCUUUAGCCAUGCUACAAUUUAAGUUAUGUCAAACUCUUCUAAAUAAUGCAUGGUUUUGUGCUAAUUGAAAUUUGGUCAUUUGUAUUGUCACUAUAUUUUAUCUCAGUAUAGAUGUAUAUGCAAUCAAACCCCUGCCCCCCUACAUCCUUAUCUAAAGAGAAACAAAAGCAUUCUGUGUUUUAAAAGGUUGUGCAAUUAAAAUACUGAACAUUGUGCCUUUACCAUUGCUGUACCAGUUUAAAAAAGGGAAAAAAAAGAUUCAGCACUUAACUAUUAAGCACUUUGAAUAUUGUGCUUGAGAUACAGAAAUACAGCACAAUUUUAUUUGAUGUAAAUAUAUGGAAAAUGGGAUAGAUGAAUUCGAUUCAGUAAACCACUAAAGUGAAAAAUGCAAUAUGCAGAUUGUGCACAAAAACAUGGGGCACAAUCUCUCCCCUUAGGGCUCAGUGGUCCCUUCCUUCUCUCUUUCUCGCUGGACCUUGGCUAAUAAUAUACAAAUUGUGACACCUCAGCCAUUAUCUGCAAUGGAAGGCAUGUAGGCAGCCGGCUCUUAUUAACUGUCAAAUGCACAAGCCUUUCAUGCCCUGCAGUUGCACGGUCCGUUUCAUAAGUAGGAACAAGAACACAGAAAGAAGCAAUAUCAGAAUGUUUGUGAAACUUAUAGUAGAGCAAUAACUAUUUUAGGACCAACCAAAAUAUCAUUAAGUGUGCAUUUAAAGAUUUGUCCAAACUCAAACAAUGAAGUAAAUGCUCCAGAAAUAGGUCAGACAACACAAUCUAACCAAUUUAUCUCUCUCUGCAUGUAGAGAAUGUGUAGGCUAUGCCCACUGCAGUUUUAGAUACAAAUUUCAUUUCAGAGUAAUGGGGGGGGGCGGGUUAGAGCCAUGUCUAGAUGCUUGAAUAAAUGUGGUAUUUAGUGUUUUUCAAGAGGAACUUAACUGACAUGAGCCAAUACUGCAUUUGAACUCCCAGCAAUAGCAACCUUGUGGAUCUGUUGAAGCCAAGGGUCUAUGUAAUGUAAGUCUUGACUUAUCUGGAUCUAACAUUAUUUAAAACAAUGUAAAUUAAUAUUGAAUGCUUGUAAAAAUGUAUAUCUUUACCAUUUCUCAAUAAAUACAUGUGGAAAUGUCAUUUUUGCACCAUCA